AAACUCCAGCACCGCCGGGCCCGGAUCAACCAACAGAUCAACAAGGAAAUGAGGAUGAGAGCGGGAGCAGAAAACCUCUUCCGGGCCACCAGCAACCACAAGGUGAAGGAAACGGUGGCUCUGGAGCUGAGCUACGUCAACUCCAACCUUCAGCUCCUGAAGGAAGAGCUGGAAGAGCUCAACAGCAGCAUGGACGUGUAUCAGAAUGAGAGUGAAUCCAUCAGCGUUCCCAUGAUCCCUCUGGGACUCAAGGAGACCAAGGAGCUGGAUUUGCUGGUACCACUCAAGGAUUUCAUCAGUGAACACUAUGGAGAGGAGGGUGUCCUGUAUGAAAAGGAAAUCAAGGAAUUCAUGGAGCUGCGACAGGCCAUGCGCACCCCGAGCCGCAACGAGGCCGGAUUGGAGCUCCUGAUGGAAUAUUACAACCAGCUCUACUUCCUUGACAGCCGGUUCUUCCCUCCCACCAAAACCCUGGGCGUCUUCUUCCACUGGUACGACUCCCUGACGGGGGUCCCAUCCCACCAGAGGGCCCUGGCCUUCGAGAAGGGAAGUGUCCUCUUCAACCUCGGAGCGCUGCACACCCAGAUCGGAGCGCGGCAGGACCGCGCCUCCCUGCCCGGCCUCAACCAGGCAAUCGAUGCCUUCCAGAAGGCAGCUGGUGCCUUUAACUACUUGAAGGAGAACUUCUCCAAUGCUCCCAGCCUGGACAUGAGUUCAGCCUCCCUGACCAUGCUGGUGAGGCUGAUGGUGGCCCAGGUCCAGGAGUGUGUCUUUGAGAAGAUGACCUUGCUGCGUGCCCAGAACGACUUCCUGUCCCGCCUGCAUCUGGCUCAGGAGGCAGCAAGGGUGGAAGAUGUUUAUUCCCUGGUGCACCAGACCAUGAGCCAGCCCCACGUCAAGGACUACGUUCCCUUCUCCUGGACCACCAUGGUCCAAGUCAAGUCGGAGCAUUUCAAAGCCCUCUCCCAUUAUUUUGCUGCCAUCGCCCUCUGCGACUGCCCCGCUCCCUCGGAUGCCGAGCUGCUGGAACAGGAGAAGGCUUUCCUGCAAUUCCAUGUCACCAUGCCAGAGGGGCCAUCGCUUCGUGUCCUGCUGCAGGAUCCCGAGGAGAGGAGGAAGCUGGGCAAAGCUCACCUCAAAAAAGCCAUCAUGAAGCACGAGGAGGCCAUGAGGAUCCAUGGAUUGUGCAAGAUCCUAAGGAAGAUGGAUAUCCUGCAGGAGGUCCUGUCCUUCGCCCACAAACGCUCCCUGAGCAAAUAUUCCGAGAUCGACCACGAGGAGGAUUUCUUUGAGACGGGAGAAGCUCCGGACAUCCAUCCCAAAACGCACCAGAAACCCGAAAUCAAAUCCCCCAACUUCUCCCAGGUGAAGGUGACCGACCUCUUCCACAGGCUGGGCCCCCUCUCCGUGUUCUCAGCCAAGAACAAGUGGUAUCCAGCUCGGAGAGUCCACCUGAUGAGAGGAGAGAACGGCUUUGGAUUCACCUUGCGAGGAGACUCCCCCGUCCUCAUUGCUGGGGUCAUCCCAGGGGGCUGCGCUGCUGAAGCUGGGCUGAAGGAGGGGGACUACAUCAUCUCAGUGAAUGGCAAGGACUGCAAGUGGUCCAAGCACGCCGAGGUCGUCCAGCUCCUGAAGAGCACCGGGAAGGAGGGGGUGGACAUUGGAGUCAUCACCCUGCAGGGCUCGGAAUGCCCCAGAGCCGUGGACAGGAAGGCAGCAGUGAUGUCCUCGGGAUCUGGGAUGCUGAAGAGCAACAAGGAGAACAGCAGGAAGAGCCUGAUGAACAGCAAGAGCGCCAGCACGCUGCUGGUGUGGAGCAAGAAGAGCAAGAGGAGCAAGAAGAGCACCUACAGUGGUGUCCCCUUCACCGCCGUGGGGGACAACGAGGCCAUGUACUGACCAUGCUCCACGGUGGCCCCUGAGCUCCAGGACUGGCUGCCCGGGAAGUUUCCCAAGCCUGGCUGGGCUGUGAGGACUCCCAGACCCGGGAAUGCGCCGCUGGUCGGAUCCGCGCCGAGAGGUGAGCGAGGCACCUCCACCUCCCAACUCCUGUG